GCCCAUCCCACCUCAGCCCAUCCCAGCCCAGCCUGUCCCAGCCCAGCAGCAUAACUCACUGGGAGCGGAAUAUUUAUACAGGGGCGGACCCACAUCACUCACCACAAACCCAUUCACGUAAACGAGGGCAGCACUUCGCAGAAACGUCUGGACCUGACCAGAGCCUCUCAGCUCUGUAAAUAUUUGCAAGGGAAUCCUUCCACUUUUCCACUUUGAACAUCUGUUUGUGUGUGUGAAGAACAUCCACCAUGAGUUUUCUCUUCGUGCUCCACUGCUUGAUGCUCAUUUCAUUAUGUGAAAUUCUCAGAAAACACCAAACUAGUGCGGGCAUGUGUUGGCUGCAGCAGGAUCAGCGUUGUGACAUGGUGCUCAUGCGUGAAGUGAGCAGGGAGGAGUGCUGCUCCAGCGGCCGCCUGGACACAGCCUGGUCCAACACUAGUCUACCCAUCAACGAGGUCAGUCUCCUGGGCUUCCUGGGCAUCGUCUCCUGCAGGCCCUGCAAAGAGACGUGUGAGGGAGUGCAGUGUGGCCCGGGGAAGGUAUGCAAGAUGAAGACUGGCCGUCCUCAGUGCGUUUGCUCCCCAGACUGUUCCAACAUCUCCAGAAAGCAUGCAGUCUGCGGGAGUGACGGGAACACCUACAAAGACGAGUGUGCUCUUCUGAUGGCCCGCUGCAAAGGUCACCCUGACCUCGAGAUCAUGUACCAAGGAGAGUGCAAAAAGUCCUGCUCCAAUGUGGUCUGCCCCGGAACCCACACCUGCGUGACAGACCAGACCAACAGCGCUCACUGUGUAAUGUGCCGCACAGCCCCCUGCCCGCUGCCCAUGCCAACUGACAAGACCAUCUGUGGCAAUGAUGAUGUCACUUAUGCCAGUGCCUGCCACUUGCGCCGGGCCACCUGCUUCUUCGGACGCUCCAUUGGCGUACGCCAUUACGGCCACUGCAGAAGUAAAGAAGACAGUGAGGAGAAUUCGCUCUUUUAGGGACGUUGGCUUUUUUUGCUUCUUCGUCGGUCCCCUCCCUGACGCCACAGUUCACUUGAGCCAGUCGUAACUGCCCGACAGAGUCCUCUGUCCUACACAAACCACUGAAAUAUAUGUAGAUGCAUGCCGUACAUAAUAAAGGGGAAAGUGUGCCUCUCCUGCUAUGUGGUUUGGUGUUUAGAUGAAGAACGGAGCUGUUAUUAGAUUUGGCCCUGAUAAUGUGCAUACUGUAAAUACAUUACUGCUAUUAUUUAUUGGAGGAAGCCAGUUCUCCAAAAAGGUUGUUUUAUUUAUAAUAUAGUUAUUUUCCUUUGAGCUGCAUAUUCCCAGAUUCACUGCCGUCAGAGAUAUUUAUUGUUAUUGUCAGUUUUCAUGUACAGAACAGUUAUGCAGGUUAUGCAGGUUAUGAAACGCCUCACAAGGGGGGCUUUUUAAAUGCUUUAUAUCGGUGUCGUAACAUGACAUCACAACUCUUUAUCCCUUUAAACUGACUUGUAUUGUGCCGCCCACGAGCUGUAUAAAAAAAUGUGAGCAAAAAGCUUUUUCAACUUAAUACAGAAAGAUGAGCUAUUAUUAAAACAAUACAUAAAUGAAAUACAGAAAGUAUGAUCAUUUUUGUGAGAAAGUGUGAUAUGAUAUUACCUAGCAGUUAUUUUAGUUAUUUUGAUUCCUUAUUGACGGAUUGGUCAAUAUGUAUUACCUUAUUUUACAUUGCCAUACUGCAAUAAUGUAUUUUUUUAAAUACACAGUAUUAAUUUUUAAUUAUUAGUGUACAUGUAAAAAUCUGUCAGACAGUCGUUCAUCUAAUGUUAGAUUUAAUAGUUAUGAUUGCAUAUGAAGUUAACUUUUACUUUUACUCAGAUUUUAUAAAUAUGAGUUUGUGUUUUUACACUAUGAGUUUUCCUUAAAUUUCAUUUAAACAAUCACAAUAGUGUAUAUGGCCUUGCCAUACAGUAUUGCAAUAUAUUGCGAUAUACUGAACUGUAACCCCUUUAUCGUGAUACAUAUUGUUUCGCUAAUUUCUUGCCAGUACUCAAACCCAAAUGUCACUUUCUUGCUGGUUAAAGAGACAGUAUUUGCUGAAAUACAUAUGAAAUCAAAUAGGGUUGCCAUCCCAACAGUUCACACUAAAGUUACGAUUACACUAUGUUACCAGAACGAAAUAGAAAAUACGGUAACACUUUCUAUGAAUGUCAUCUUUAUUAGACUCUAUAACUACAUUCAUAAUAUAUUAUAAUGCAUUCAUAAGGCACUAUAAACAUGGCUAUAAAUAUUUAUAAAAAUGCAUAACCCACUAUAGCCAUGUUUAUUAAGCAUUAUGACUUUUGAUUAUAAUACAUUAUAAGCUAUGCCUAUGAUAUACAUGUAUAUAUCUAUAGUUAAUGUUCCAGUCUUGCAAUGUAAAAGUAUGUCACUUCACUUAGAGCGCACAAAGACCUGUUAUAAUACAUUAUAAUUGACUAUAACUAAUAUUAUAUUCAAGACAGGUAUAAUUCAUGAGUGGUUAAACUAUAUAUUUCUAGGAUUAUUGAGGGUGUGUUUAUAAGUUGGAAGCUUUUUUAGUCAUGAUACAGAUGGUCUGCAAGCUGGGACUGAGUUUCUUGGUAUUGACGUAUAACAUGUUAUAGACACAGCUAUUAAUGCAUUAUAAUCACAGUUCAUGAUGCGUAAUAAACAUGGCUAUGAUGAAUUAUAGAGUUUUAUAAAUAUGUAUAGCCAUGUUUAUAAUGCCUUCUGAAUGCAUUAUAAGGUGUUAUGAAUGUGUUUAUAGAGUCUUAAAGAGAGGACAUUCAAAGAAAGUGUUACCGAAAAUACAUGUUACCAUCCAAUACAGUGCGAAUAAACUUUAGACGAUGCAGGUUACUGUGAUUGGGAUCAAGUACUGAAACAUGCAGAAUGGAGAGAUAGCUGUGUUGUAUAACCGGACAUGCAGUUAUUGGUUAUUUUAAAAAAAACGUUCUCUGUCAUUUUUUUUUAAUCUGUGAGUUUAUUACCAUGUGAGAAUAAAUGUUACACAUGCCCCUUCAAACUUUGCCUUAUAGACAAAAAUAAAAAGGCAAAUAAAAAAGAAUCAUGGCCACAGACUCAUCCGAACCAGCUUAGUAUCGUAAACUGUUUAAUCUAAUCUUCAACCUGAAUUAAUAAGGCUGAUUGAGAUUUUUAAAAGUGUUCUAUGCAAAGAAGACACACCCACUCUCGAAUUUUUUUCAACUGCCUGGGCGGCUCUGCUGUCUUUUUUUUUUUUUGCUUUCUGGCCAUAUUAUAAAUGUAUGCACUUGUGGACAGAGACAGGCAGGUCAGUUACACUAUAUACAUCAAAGAGGAAAAAGACUAUGUGAUUAUUAGAAUAGCAGGUCAGGCUAAUAAAUCAUAGUACCUUUGAAAAACUCGUCUUUGGAGCCGUUGAAUCCCCCUCUCUUUCCUGAACCUCUUCUUUAAGAAAGCCAUGUGGCAGCCGAGGCCGAAUUCUUACACCCUCUGGAGACUGUAAGCGUAACAGAGAUCAAGCCAAAUGUGGAGUGUGUGUGGAGUGUGAGUUCCGCUCGCUGGUGUUCGGAGCGUUCCAGUCUCAGUCUGAGCCUCGGUGCUUUGGUGCUCGCUGGAUACACCGGCUUGAAAUCCAAACUGAGCUACUCUAAGAGCAAUGAAAUAACCAGCUACAGUAUAAUGGCAGUGUUUUAUUAUGUGGAGGCUGUCGGCCCAGAGAUGUUCUGUACAGUUGUUCUUUUUUUUUUAAUGUUUAAAUAUGUUUGACACUGUUUGAGCGAGCUUUAGUGGGUUUGUGGGUGAGUGUAGUAGGAUUCCAGUAGUAGGAAACCUUUACGAGCCGCUGGUUGAUUAAUGUUGCCUAAACAUGUACAUGGUAAUACAGUAAUCUGAUUUAUGUUGUUUUGUAAAUAAAUGACAAAACAGUUUGCAUUUCUGUUGUCUAAUCCAAGUUCUGAUGUGUCACAGCUUGGGAUUGUAUCUCUGUAAAUAUAUUCCUUUCUUUUUUUUUUUACAGUACUUUUGUAUCUACUGUGAAAUGUAUCUUAUUUUUGUAUUUUUAUACUUAUAUUUUAUCUGUAAUUAAAGCACAAAUUUCUUGA